CGCCUCCGCGGCGGGCGCCGUCGGCCCGCGAUUCAGCGCGCUCGGCGUACCGGAUUAUGCCCCUCCGCGCGACAAAUGUCCGCCCCCGCCUCGACGGCAUGCCGGGGCACUCCCAAACACGGAGGAGCACUCCCCUGCACCAUGUCGCACACGCCCAGUGCCCGCAAAAGAUGCGCAUCGCGACCCACUCCCGAGCUGUGUGGCAACGUCGCUUUGCGUCGGGACGCCGGUGUACGUUCACCAUCCAAUUCGACUAGUUUCAUGCGCCCCGCGGACGGUUCGAUCGAUGCGGUUUCGCGGAGGGACCGUCGGGUGUGACGGGUUCCAAUGCAGCAUCGCCGCUCCCCGCGGUCUCCCCUCCCAUUGAACUCGAAGAUACGACUCUUGUAUCGCAUACGAGUCGCAUCCAGACUCCCCGGGACGUCCCGUACGCGCCCCGUGUGGAGCAGAGACGAGGACACGGCCCGGGCGAGUGGUGAAUCCAA